CGGCUGCAGCCCCUCGCCCCGCGCCCGCCGCCCCUCGUGCCCCGGGGGCGCUGCGCGGGCGCCGAGCCUUCGCGGGCUUUGCCGCCGCCGCCGCCGCCGCCUCUGCGGCCGCCGCCGCCGCUGGUGGGGGAGACGCGGGGUUGGGGGGGGAGGAGGGCGCGCGUGGUGCCGGCGGGGAGCGGCGGCGCCCCCUCCUCCUCCGCCUCCUCCUCCUCCUCCACCUCCAGCGCCGCGGGCUCCUCGGACAUGGCCGCGGCGGUGGCGGUGGCGGCCGCGUCCCGGCGGCAGUCGUGCUACCUGUGUGACCUGCCCCGCAUGCCCUGGGCCAUGAUCUGGGACUUCACCGAGCCCGUGUGCCGCGGCUGCGUCAACUACGAGGGCGCCGAUCGCGUCGAGUUCGUCAUCGAGACGGCGCGGCAGCUCAAGCGGGCGCACGGCUGCUUCCCUGAGGGCCGCUCCCCGCCCGGCGCCGCGACCCCAGCCGCCACCAAGCCGCCGCCGCUCUCGGCCAAGGACAUCCUCCUGCAGCAGCAGCAGCUGGGCCACGGCGGCCCCGAGGCCGCCCCGCGCGCCCCGCAGGCCCUGGAGCGCUACCCCCUGGCGGCCGCCGCCGAGCGGCCCCCGCGCCUCGGCUCCGACUUUGGCGGCAGCCGCCCGGCCGCGGGCCUGGCCCAGCCGCCGACGCCGCAGCCGCCGCCCGUGAACGGCAUCCUGGUGCCCAACGGCUUCUCCAAGCUGGAGGAGCCCCCGGAGCUGAACCGCCAGAGCCCGAACCCGCGGCGCGGGCACGCCGUGCCGCCUACCCUGGUGCCGCUCAUGAACGGCUCGGCCACGCCGCUCCCCGCCGCACUCGGCCUCAGCGGCCGCGCCGCCGCCUCGCUGGCCGCCGUGUCCGGGGCCGCGGCCGCCGGCCUGGGCUCGGCGCAGCCCGCCGAACUGAGCUCGCACAAGCGUCCUGCGUCCGUGUCCAGCAGCGCGGCCGUGGAGCACGAGCAGCGCGAGGCGGCGGCCAAGGAGAAGCAGCCGCCGCCGCCCUCGCAUCGCGGCGCGGCCGACAGCCUGGCCACCGCGGCCGGCGCCGCCGAGCUGGGCGCCGAGGGCGCGAGCAAAGGCCGCGGGCCGGGAGAGCAGGACUGGGUCAACCGGCCCAAGACCGUGCGAGACACGCUGCUGGCGCUGCACCAGCACGGCCACUCGGGGCCCUUCGAGAGCAAGUUUAAGAAGGAGCCGGCCCUGACUGCAGGCAGGUUGUUGGGUUUCGAGGCCAACGGGGCCAACGGGUCUAAAGCAGUUGCAAGAACAGCAAGAAAAAGAAAGCCUUCUCCAGAACCAGAAGGUGAAGUUGGGCCCCCUAAGAUCAACGGAGAGGCACAGCCAUGGCUGUCCGCACCCACAGAAGGGCUCAAGAUCCCCAUUACUCCUACAUCCUCUUUUGUGUCUCCACCACCACCCACUGCCUCACCUCAUUCCAACCGGACCACACCGCCUGAAGCGGCUCAGAACGGCCAGUCGCCCAUGGCGGCCCUGAUCUUAGUAGCAGACAAUGCAGGGGGCAGUCAUGCCUCGAAAGAUGCCAACCAGGUUCACUCCACUACCAGGAGGAAUAGCAGCAGUCCACCUUCUCCGUCCUCUAUGAACCAAAGAAGGCUAGGCCCCAGAGAGGUGGGGGGCCAGGGGGCCGGCAGCACAGGAGGACUGGAGCCAGUGCAUCCUGCCAGCCUCCCAGACUCUUCUCUGGCAGCCAGCGCCCCUCUAUGCUGCACCCUCUGCCACGAGCGGCUGGAGGACACCCACUUUGUGCAGUGCCCGUCUGUCCCUUCGCACAAGUUCUGCUUCCCUUGCUCCAGACAAAGCAUCAAACAGCAGGGAGCUAGUGGAGAGGUCUAUUGUCCCAGUGGGGAAAAAUGCCCUCUUGUGGGCUCCAAUGUCCCCUGGGCCUUUAUGCAAGGGGAAAUUGCAACCAUCCUUGCUGGAGAUGUGAAAGUGAAAAAAGAGAGAGACUCGUGACUUUCCGGUUUCAGAAAAACCCAGUGAUUACCCUUAACUAAAACUGCUUGAAUUGUGUAUAUAUCUCCAUAUAUAUAUAUAUAUACACAUAUAUAUAUAUAUAUGUAUACUCACACACACACACACACACACUCACACACACACACACACACAUAUAUAUAUAUAUAUACAUAUAUAUAUAUAUCCAAGACAAGGGAAAUGUAGACUUCAUAAACAUGGCUGUAUAAUUUUGAUUUUUUUGAAUACAUUGUGUUUCUAUAUUUUUUUUGACGACAAAAGGUAUGUACUUAUAAAGGCAUUUUCUUCUUUUGUUAAUGUUAUUAGCAUAUCUUUGUGCUUUAUUAUCCUGGUGACAGUUACCGUUCAAUGUAGGCUGUGACUUGCGCUGCUUUUUUAGAGCACUUGGCAAAUCCGAAAUGCUUCUAGCUGUAUUUGUAUGCACUUAUUUUAAAAAGAAAAAAAAAAAAGCCAAAUACAUUUUCUGACAUUGUAAGAUUGCCUUACUGUCUGUUAUUCCUUACUGCUGGCCCCUCUCUCAGGCCGGAGGCCAGUUGGUGGAGAAGGAAAUGGAAUGAGCGAAGGGGGCACUGUUGUGAAGUGGGCAGCAUGCCACUGAGAAAUGUCACCAAGUUUACCCCAAAACAUUGUCCUCUCAGAGUAGCAGGAAAACAGAUCUUUCUCUGUUUUGUUCUUACAGUUCAGUUGUUGGGAUAGUGAUGACUGCCUGAGAGUUGCUGCUGAGAGAUUUUUUUGGACUGUGUGGUUUGGGGGAGGGGGGGAUUUUUCUUUUUUUUGAAAGGCAAAGUUGACCACUGUUCACUGCCCACGUGAUCAGUUGUAAGAUUACAACGCUGCAUGCUCGUUGGUUACAUAAUACACAAUUCAGUGACUGAAGGGCGGUGAUGAUGGAUGGUGGUGUGUGCAAGAUGGCACUGCCGUCUUUGAGCAGAGCCCGGCUCCGCAGCGUCACCUUGUCUUUUUAAAUACCCCAGAGCUCUGUUUGGUGGUGGUGGUGUUGUUUCCUUUGAAAAGAGUCACAAGAGAAGUUACAGUUCAGGUGAACUUGGAGAUUGUGGGAUUGGUUUCGUUUCUGUUUUGUGUUUCCUUUUGUUUUGUUUUUUAUCAUUUACCUGUAGUGCUAUUGCUGUUGGUACUAUCACCUACCCCUUGUUUCUAGUGAGUGCUAAAUACAGUAUGGUACAAUGACAGUAACAGCGCGUGGUGCUGCCGGGACUGCCCGUGGGCAUAUCAGUGACAGCCCAGAUGGGGGUGGAGGAAACCUGUAAUUUCCUUCUUACGUGUGUUUGAAAUACCAAGUGAAUAAUACUGUUCCUCUGGAAAAAAAAAAAAAAAUGAUAAACUAGUGAAAAUUAAAGAAAGGGUUUUAAUAAUAGGCAGGCCCCACCUCUCAAACUAUUCUUAGAAACCUUUUGUAAACUAAUUUCUUUUGAUUACUAUUUUGCAUCAGUAAAAUGAUUUUUUUAAACCAAUAAAUCAUCUGUUAUUAGAAAUAGUUGUCUCACAGUGAUACUGGUUUUUCUUUUGUGCUGUUACGAUUUAACAUUGACAGGAACACUAUUUUAAAUCCUUUUAUGUUCAGGUGUUUGUAACUUGGCCCUAUAAUUAGGCUGAAUCAUGGCUUCAAGGUCUACUACAACUUACGUGUAUCGUUUAUGACCCAGCUUCUAUUUUAAUUUGAAGAUAGAGAUUGUUACCCUCUUUGGAGUCUUUUUUAGUUACGUUUUUAUCUUUUUUAACUUGCUCAAAUACUUUUUAAUGGUCCGUUUAUUAACACUUGAAAAUCAGAUACUGCACCAAAUACAGUAUUUUUGUUGUAGUGUUUUUAAUGAGGGCACCUAUUAUUAAUGCUGUGCAAAUUCAUGUUACCGGUCAUUGUUAUAUUACAAACAGACUUGCAUGAUUAACCAGUUUGUUGUUACACUUUUUUUUUUUAAUUGGCGCAUCUAUGACUCAGAUCAGACUGGUUUCUCUUAUGUAAAUGCACACAUGCAGAAACACAGAGACAAUUUUACAUGCCCAUAAAGACGUGUGUAAAGAACUCAACUAUUAUGGUUUGUUGUAUAAAUGUGUAUCUAAGCACUUUAUUAUAAACUGGAAUUUGACCUCCUAGAUUUUACAAGUUGAUCAGUCAUUUGACCUAAUUCGUGGUAGCUAUCUGUAUGCUUUGCAGUCUCAAUACAGAUAAGCUUUCUAAAAAAGAUUAGUAAAGAACCAUCCUGCUGUUUUGAAUAAGUCUAUCCAGCUGUGGAAAAGACAACCUAUGGUUUCUCUGUGCUGGUGUUUAGGGAGCGGGGGAGAACAGGAAUAGCUUUAAAGGGCUGUGUGUUGAGGUUACUCCCAUUAAAAACUAAGGUCUGCAUGAGGCCGCCUGGCCCUUGGGUGGCCUUUGUGGAAGGCUUGCAGCUGUAAAAUGUUGAUCCGGGUUAUUUUUCUGGCAUUCUCUUAAGUUAAAAAGUUAACGCUGGGGCAUGGGUUUGAUCUUUUGUUGUACCUGAUGGCAGUGCAGACAUCCUCCACAGCUGGAUAAAAAUGUCAGAGAGCUACUUACUGUACAUGGGCAGUAUCCGAUUUCAGAUCCUAAAUAUUUCAGCUGUGCUUUUAAUACUCAAAAUAUUAGGGGAUGGGGUGUUGAAGCUUUCCCUUUUUUGCUUUAACAUUUAUAGAAUUUAACAGAUGUACUGUCUUUCAUGUGGCCUCACAUUAAAAGUUAUGAGAACGUACACAUGGUUUACAACUUUUACUAUAUACCUUUCCUUGGCCACCAAGUAUUUUUAAAGUGUGCCACCGUUUAACCUUUACUUUUUUUUUAAGUUGAAGGUGAUACUUUUUCUAUAUAUGAUGAAACUCAUGUCAGCUGAAGUGAGUGUAAUCUCAGAUACCAACAUUACUAUAUUUUAAAAUCACGCUAUGGAAAAAUCACCUGCAUUCUGUCAUGUGUCAGAUUUACAGUACCUUUUUUUUUCUUUAACUUUUAGCAUUAAAUAAAAAUAAAAUUGGGAGCACUGAA